AGAGGGAGAGAAAGGGAGAAGGGAAAAGCGAGUGAUCGAGAGAAAGAGGGGGAAAGAGACGGCGAGUGCAUGAGAGCAAGACAAAGCAAUGAAAUUCAUCGGAGCUGUUUACCUCCUGUUCCUCCUCCCUGCUUUAAGCUUCAACAGCAGCUAUGAGGGGCUGGAAAAGAAGCUGAAAGAGGUUUUCAUGGAGAGGACAGGAAUUUUACGACAAUUUUCUAAAACAUCGAAGGAGCUUGACAGCAUAAAAGGUAACCUACAGUCUAUAAAGAAUAAUGACGCCGUGCCCAAAAAGGAUGUGCAGAGAAUCUUGGAGCUUAGUCACAAGCAAAGGGAUGAGAUGAAGUCACUCCAGGUAGCUCUGCAGAAGCAACUGGAUGAUGCAGCUGAACAUGCAGAGAAGCAGCAGGCCACUAUCAAGUUCUUAAAAAUGGAGAUGGAAAAGAAGACCAAAAUCAUUAAAGACCUGCAGCAAGAGAAUAAAAGCUUAAAGAAUAAACUUCUGUCUGGGAACAAGCUCUGUGACAUACAUGCAGAUGAGUCCAAAAAAAUCCAAGCCCAAAUGAAAGAGCUGAGGUAUGGAAAAAAAGAUUUAAUUUUCAAGGGUCAACAAUUGAUGGACCUCGAGAAUAAACUCAGAGUUGCCAAAGAUGAACUGGAGAAGGCUGCACUGGAUAAGGAGUCACAGUUGAAAGCUCUGAAGGACACAGUGCAUAUCUGCUUUUCAUCUGUCCUACACAGCCAGACAGGAAGUUUACACAGAUUUCCAGCCACACCCACCAACCUGUUGAGGUAUUCUGCUCUGGUCAACAACUCAAGAGUCACCUUUCAACAGCCCCAUGCAAAGGACAUCCCAAAAGUUCCCCAGAUCACAACAAGUAAACUGCCUGUAAGCAGUGCGGUAAUGAGGAGAGAUGGCUCAGGACCGAAAGAUUGCCAGAUGGUGAAGGUGGGAGCAGACUGUUCCAACAAUCAGACUGAGAGUACAUCUGAGAUGAAAAAGAUGUUUGGACACAGUCAAGUGAGUGUUCUGCUGUGCCCCAUUGAGGUGCUUGAAAGAAUGAAGAGGGAAUUGUCGAAAACUCCAGAGCAAAUUGGACAAGGCCAAGCAAGGACAUCAGAGGAAAGUGUGAAAACAGAUGGAGACCUAAAAAAGACACAAAUGGACAAACAAAACUAAGAGACAGUGGAAGACGGCAGAUUUUCUGCAUGACAAAAAGGAUGUCAGACCUGUUUAAGCCCCUCUUUAUUCACUGAGCUUAUAAAAACACGCGCACACACACACACACACACACACACACACACACACACACACACACACACACACACACACACACACACACACACACACACACACACACAGGCAAACAUAAUCCCAGACAGACACAAACACAAAAACUCAAUAUAACAAUAUAUAGAAAAAAGAAU